AUGUCUUUCGUUCUACCUGAUAAAGCUAGCGAAGAAACUUCUGAUUCAGAUGAUGCUCAGAAAUUCGUCACUACAAACAUAUAUAACAGUAAAACUGUUAGUGAAACUGAAAGUGAAGAUGAGAUUUCAGUAUCCCCAAAAGCUAUGAUAGUUCCUUCUUUGAGUCUAAACUAUGUUAGAUCCAGUCAAGCUACGGUUCAUCAAACCUCUGCUGUCCAAUGUUUGAAUUCUGUUGAAUAUCCAUAUAGUUAUGAUCCUUAUUUGCCGCAAAUACCCAGUGUUUCGGAACAAUCCCUUGUCAAUGUUACCGAUUCCAAUCAGAAUUUACCAUCAGUGUCAUCCUGUUAUGAGACCCCAUCUAUAAUGGAUCAAAAUAUGCUAUCUGAAAUCGGUAUCAUUGAGUCACCUUACACGCAAAACAAAGAAAAAACUGAUGAGAUAUUAUCAAGCCCUUGUCCUAACUUUCUGGAUGAUUUCUAUUUGAACAGUGACUGUGAGAUAGAAGAUGUAGCGAAAUCGACUCGUAAGCAAAAACUAGUAGCUAAGACGUCUACUUCAAAUAAAAGAAUUAAAAAAUCUGCUGAACUUGCGGAAAUUACGCCUAAACGAAGGUCUCUUCGUCAGAAAUCUUUGAUUUCUCAAACGCAAACUCAAAAUAGUCCGAAAUUAUAUAUACAAGCUUCAUCUAAAGAUUCCUGCUACCAUCAUUCACAAACCAAACCCACAACAACUAAUACAAAUAGUAAAAGUAGCAAUAAAGCAAAAACAGACCAAAAUUUAUAUAAAUCAAAAACUAAAACGAUUUUACGGAUCCAUAACAAAAAAGAAUACACUAAUAGGACUAAAUCAACCUCAUUAACAGAUAAACUUACAACUAAUAAAACAAGUAAAGCUAUUGGUCUUUGUGAAUGGGUAGGAAAAGAAUUUGCUUAUGGAGUACAAAACUUAAAGGAAAACCAGUUUACAACUCCUAAUGAAGUUGGCAGCCCUUUAGAAUAUUUUUAUAAAUUUAUUGACGAAGAUUUAAUACAGUACAUAAGAGAUCAAACAAUUUUGUAUGCGUACCAAAAAGAUUCCAAAGAAUUAACGUUGAGUACACAAGAUAUCAAGGAUUUUUUUAGUGUUGAGAUAUUUAUGGGUAUUAUCCAGUUACCCGCGUAUGUUGAUUAUUGGUCUAAGGAUUUUAAAGUAGAUUGUGUUAUAAAUGUGAUGUGCCUCAAAAAAUAUCAGUUAAUAAGACGUUAUCUCCAUUUCAAUGACAGUGAAGUUGAAAAUGAGAGCAAUGACCGUUAUUACAAAAUUCGCCCUCUGUUUGAUAAAAUUAUAUCCAACUGCAGAAAGAUUGAAGAAUGUCCAUUGAUGAGAUGA